ACUCUUCACCAUCCAUCACUACACACAUCUCCUUUUGUAAACCAACAAAUAAGAAAAAAAGGCCUACGUCAGUGAUCAAUAUGGCCAUAGGGAUGAAGUUUGCAUGCUUGGUCUUGGCAUGCAUGAUUGUGGCUGGUCCAGUCACAGCUAACGCGGCUCUGCUCAGUUGUGACGCCGUUCACAACUACUUGGCACCGUGCAUUGUCUACGUGAUACAAGGUGGUGUCAUUCCCCGAGGUUGCUGCAACGGCGUUAGAAACCUUUACAGCACGGCCCAUACGACCGCAGACCGUCAGCAAAUUUGCGGUUGCAUUCAACAGAACGCUAGACGCGUAGGAUCUGUUCUUAACCCUGGCGCUGGCCGUGCAGCUGGAAUUCCAAAGGCAUGUGGAGUCAAAAUUCCAUACAAGAUCAGCUAUAGCCUCAACUGCAAGACCGUGAGGUGAUGAGCGACGGUGAGAUGAAGCUACUAGCGGAAGUUUCGAAUAUUAAAAAAUGGACAAGAUAAUAUUAAGUAAUUAUGUUCGAACUUCGAAUGGCUGUUUUUAAUUUCUAUCGUGGUGUUCCCGUUAUAUAGUCGUCUGUGUGUACUAUGUUCCCAAACAACGUUAUAUGAAUUUCAGACUUGAAGUUUAUUAAUUAAGUUACUCUAUAUUUUUACUAAA